GGGCGCGCCUUCGGGAACGGAGGGUGACGUCAAGGCGCAAGAUGGCCGCCAGUAUCGGAAAUGGAGUAGCAUAGAGGCUGGGCGGUAGGAACGAACUCGUAGGUGUGUCAGUGCUCGGCUUCACCGCGAUAAUGCCAUCGAAAUGCCGAUUGUUGCACGGUGAUCCGCGUUUCGCGCAGUGCUCGUACGUACGAUCGGAAUCGUUCCGUCAACCGAGUCUCGAAUGGUGAGAUGAUAAAUCGGGAAAUUCUCGCAGGAGGGCGAAAUUGAACGGUGCAGAGUCUCUGACCCGGGACAGAGCUUCGUCUACUCCAUACGUCGCGAAUUUUAUCAGCGAUACACAAGUGUUCUACAGAUAUGGCGAAACUACGUCUGAACGAGAUCGAAGUGGAAAGUAUACGGUGGCGUACCGAGUGAUCGUCGAUUCUCCACGGUUGUCAGUCACGCCUGCCCGGCUCCGGGAGAGAGCCGAGCGCGCUCCGUGGGUGUCAGAUCCGCAUCGAGGUGUUUCGAUUGAAAGUAGAUGGUACGAAUGCGAAAAAAAGACGAAAUGGAAAGGGAAGGGUUCGUGUGUCGGGUAGGUGCAUAAGACAUCAAAAGCGGUGCGCUGCGUGCACUGUGUCCGGCGAAUCCUCUUCGUGAUCUGUCAAAACUUACUUGGCAGACGAACGGGGUCCGUAUAUCGAUCUAUCCGAUCGCGUGUUACGGGGCUCGAGUUUUCCAAGUUAUCGAUCGAUUUUUCAAAGGGGCUUCACUUACUCGUCUGCGAUCGCCUCGUGAGCCAACGCAUCGAUUAUCCCUUUCCGUAAACAACAAUAUACAUGGACGUAAGAAUGGUACGCACGGUGGUGAAAAUGAGACAUGAGUUUCGAUUACGGUGAGUCGGCUCGCAGCCGGCUACGCGAAACUGUUGAACGGUUAUUCGAGCUAGUUAACGGAAGAAAAAAUUCUCUGCGAAGGUAGUCGGUAUUCCUUAAAGUAAAAUUAGUUUAUCGGACUAGGUACGCAACAAGAUCGAAGGAACGAGGAAAAUGACUAAUUAAAGAGAUCGAAAUCGGACUAAAAGGUAUCGCGAGUGUCUGUGAUUUUGAUUCUCGAUCGCGGUGCGUUUCGAGUGGAGUUUUCAAGUGUCCCAAGGGUGAUAGAAUUAGGAUACACGCAAAAUGUGGAAUAUGAUGUGCGACGUUAUGCCGACUAUCGCGGAGGACAGCAUCAGCCAGCGAAGUUCGCAAUUCUCCAGCGAGGAAGCGAACUUCGAGCAGCUGAUGGUCUCGAUGCUAGACGAGAGGGACAAGUUGGUGGCAUCGUUACGCGAGAGUCAGGAACGACUGCAGGAAACGGAAGCGCGGCUGCAAGAGGUCGAAAAGGAACGGGACUCGUUGAAUCGUCAGCUUAACGCGAAUAUCCCUCAGGAGUUCUCCCAACUGACGAAGGAGCUCUCAGCGGCACGUGAGAGUAUCCUAGAAAGAGAGGAGGAAAUAUCGGAACUAAAAGCGGAACGGAACAACACUCGUCUUCUGCUGGAACAUCUGGAAUGCCUGGUCUCGCGACACGAACGAUCGCUCCGGUUGACUGUGAUAAAGAGGCAAGCAGCCGUGCAAUCCGGAGUAUCGUCCGAAGUUGAAGUGCUUAAAGCUCUGAAAAGUCUGUUCGAGCACCACAAGGCUUUGGACGAGAAAGUGCGAGAACGACUACGCGUUGCACUGGAAAGAAAUACGAGCUUGGAUGAAGAAUUAGCCAUUACCAAAGAGGAGCUCCAGCAAUACAAAUUGAGUGGACACGUGCCUAAAGCUAUAGAGGACAGGCCCAAGGAGAACGGACAAACGGAGGACGGCCAGCAACAGAACAAGAAUGAGACUGAGCAGGCAGCAGGCCAGCCGGAGCAACAGCAACAGCAGCAGCCGCAACAGCAGCCGCAGUCGAUACAUAAGCUAGGUACCGAGAGGUCGACAGAAAUUGGGAAUAGGCUGAGCAAUGGCAGUCUAGAUCCGGCGGACCAGGACUCUGCGGCGCGAGUAAUUGAUUUGCAAGCCACUCUUGACAAACAGAGCUCAGAGUUAAGCACAUGGCAACGACGGGUAGCAGAAUUAAGUGGUCGAGUAGCGGAGUUGGAGGAAUCUUUAUCCAAGGCGCAAAAGGACCUCCUAAAGACGCAAGAAACGAAUGUCAAACUACAAAGAGACCUGCGCGAAAAUGUUGCCCAAAAAGAGGACCAAGAAGAGAGGAUAGCAACUCUUGAAAAACGAUAUCUUAAUGCUCAACGGGAAUCUACUAGUUUGCAUGAUCUCAAUGAAAAAUUGGAACAGGAGCUGCAACACAAGAAGGCUCAAUUAAAGCUCCAAGAAGAAAAAAUAGCAGCUAUACAGGAGAAACUGGAAUUGGCAGAACAGAAAUUAGCCCAGUACGCUAAGUUACCAGAAAUGGAAGAGCAAUUGAAACAGAGGAUGGAGGCUCUGACGCAGGUGAGGAGGCCCAACCAGCAGGCUCAAGAAAGACACGGCAGCGCUGAAGAUAGGAUACAAAGAUUAGAAACGCAACUCGAAGAGAAAAAUGCGGAAGUGAUGCGAGUCAAUCAGCGACUAAAAAUGAACGAGGAACAUAAUACGCGACUUAGCGCGACCGUUGAUAAACUUCUGUCUGAAUCUAACGAAAGACUACAACUGCAUUUGAAAGAAAGAAUGCACGCAUUGGAAGAGAAGAAUGCGCUUACGCAAGAGCUCGAGAAGACAAGAAAGCUCGCUGAAGAUCUUCAGAAUGAAAAGGCCGAUAUAGUUAAGGAAUUGGGAAAGGCCCGGCUUGAAAUCGAUAAUGUGAAAAGGCAAAUGCUUCAACAAGAAAUUGCAUUCAAUAUCCAACAAACAGAUGCUUUGACCAGAAGUUUGUCUCCCAAUGCAGUGGAUCCUGGCUCUUUCUCUAGAAGCGCAAGUCACAGUAGUUUUGACACGCACUCACUGCCAAGGAGGUCAGCCAAACGAUCCGCGAUCGAAGAAGACUCGUCCAAGAAUUAUGUAGCACGCACUUUAGCGGAACAGGAAUGGGAAAAGUUGCAGCAAGCGCAUGUUCUUGCAAAUGUGCAGCAAGCGUUUGACGUUUCCAGCGAUGCGGAGGGCGACGGGGAUAACGAAAGUCUUUUCAGUUGUGCGGCCGAUGUAAUUAGUCCUACGGGGCACACAGAUGCUCAAACGUUAGCAUUAAUGUUACAGGAACAAUUAGAUGCAAUUAAUAAUGAAAUUAGGUUGAUUCAGGAAGAAAAACAAAGUACCGAAGCACGCGCGGAAGAAUUGGAAUCCCGCGUAGGUAGUCUUGAACAUAUGAAUUUAUUGGUGAGGGGACGAAGUCUCGAACGAGCAUCGCCACCGUUGAGUGGACGAUCUACACCAAAAUCACAUCACAGUCCUAAUAGGGAUUACUUACACAAGUAUCAUACUGCUCCAGCAUCUAUGUCUCCGGCACAUCUCCACCAGUAUGCUGCCUCUUUAGCUAGUCCAGGUCAACUUUCAGAAUCUCUUCCUGCGAGCCAGUUGCAGUUGUCAGGCGAAGAAUUGCAUUCAGUGAGCGAAAGAGACAGUACUGGCGGUGCAGGAAGUGUUGGCAGCGAUGCAGCUUCACCAUUGACCGCUCGAUCGAUCAGGCUGGAACGGGCAGUACAAGCGCUUGCGCAUAGUCAAGAGGAGCUGAGAAGACGCACUAGACAAACCGGAUUUCCCAGCAGUGGUUUUCCUGCUCACAGCAGGCAUGGGCAACAUAACAACGGCGCACUCAAUUCUGGGACUCCCCCUUCCCCAUUGUCCUCACGUCACAGCAGCCAGGACAGUUUGCACAAGAACAACUUAGCUGGUGUCGGAUUGCCGAUUGGCCAGCUGUCUAGCUCACAUUUGCACAUGCAAACAACCAUGAGUUCAGCAACAGCCGCGGCGGUUGCCGCCGCUCAGAAGAAGAAGGGUAUUAAAAGCAGUCUUGGCAGAUUCUUCAGCAAGAAAGAAAAAAUAAAGGGAAAAGAUACACCAAUGCCUGGAGAUAUACCAGGCAUGGGAGGAGCAAGUACACCCGCAGAUCCCGAUUAUGGAGAUAGUGUUGCCGUAGCUGGAACUAUGGGCAGCAAAAGUGACUUUGAUCGUCGGAAAAAGAAAAGCAUGUUUGGUAGUAUGCUGGAUUCCUCGCGGCAUGAACUUCUAGCGGAGGCAAUGAAAGCUGGAACACCUUUUGCUCUGUGGAACGGGCCAACAGUGGUGGCUUGGCUCGAACUCUGGGUAGGCAUGCCAACUUGGUACGUUGCAGCAUGCCGAGCAAAUGUAAAAAGUGGUGCCAUAAUGAGUGCUCUGAGUGAUACCGAGAUUCAACGUGAAAUUGGCAUUAGUAAUCCUCUACAUCGAUUGAAGCUAAGAUUAGCUAUCCAAGAAAUGGUGUCGCUCACAAGUCCUUCAGCACCAAAAACCUCUCGCACAACUUUAGCAUUCGGUGAUAUGAACCACGAAUGGAUUGGUAAUGUUUGGCUACCGAGUCUUGGAUUGCCACAAUAUCGAUCCACUUUCAUGGAGUGCCUUGUUGAUGCCAGAAUGUUGGAUCACCUCACCAAAAAGGAUCUCCGUGGUCAACUUAGAAUGAUCGAUAGUUUUCACAGGACAAGUUUACAGUAUGGCACUUCGUGUUUGAAGCGAUUAAAUUACGAUAGACAACAAUUAGAAGAAAGAAGACGAAUGGCAGAUGGCGCCAAUGUCGAUGUUCUUGUUUGGAGUAACGAUCGCGUUAUAAGAUGGGUGCAAUCCAUUGGCCUGAAAGAAUAUGGAAACCACCUUUUGGAAUCUGGGGUCCAUGGAGCUCUUAUAGCUCUCGAUGAAAGUUUCGAUGCGAAUAGUUUUGCUCUAACAUUGCAAAUUCCAACGCAAAACACACAAGCUCGACAAGUAUUAGAGAUGGAAUUUACAAAUUUACUAACUGUAGGAACAGAAAGGCGACUCGAUGAAUCGAAUAGUAUGAAAUCCUGAUCCAACUUAUCCAGUAGGCUGCCUCAUCUUCAACCACAUCACGUCUAGUCCAAAACCCCCCAGCUAUUACUACUCUCUGUACGCAAGUGUGUUGUAAAAGUUGUAAGAGCUUUAAGUAUCAUUCUAAGGGUAUCUUCAUACUGUUAAGAAUAUAAUAUGCGGUAAUAUGGAAAAAGUGAUCGAACAUAAACUGUUAAAAAGGGCCCGAUUAUAUCGUACGUUCAAGAAAACAAAUUACAAAUGUUUUAUCGAUUUUUAUGUCACACGAUUCAUAAACCGCAUGUUACAUGUUUCAAUAAGAAAUAGUAAUUCUGAAUAAAUUAUUCUCACAUAGAUACCGAAAUAUAGUGAACAGUCGAGAAAUCAUGCGAUAUAUUUCUCCUCGAAAGCCGUAAGAUCAGUUAUAGAUAAUUACGACAAUAACUCUAAUUUAUCCUGAUUUUUUAAGGGUAGUAAUUCGUAGCUGCGAAAUAAUAAUAUCACGUGUAGAACGUAAACAUUUUCACGACGUAAUUACAUAUUUCUUAUACUACAUUGCGUACUUAUACUGUGUAACAAAUAGUUAAAAACAUCUAUUUUGAUACCAUUUACCGCACAAAAUGAAAAUCCCGAAAUUGUAUUAGUGCCAUUGGCUCUUGAGGAAAUUAUUUAUGUACAAGGGACAAGACUGCGUUCUAUAUUUCCGCAUCUAUGAGACGAUGACCUAAUAAGCCAUAUAUAUGUGUGUAUAUAUGUAUAUAUGUAUGUAUAUAUACAUAUAUGUACCACUUUGCACAGAUGGAGCUUCAGAAUACUUGCUCUCCUCUGUUAUUUCGAUGAAUUUUAAAUGUUUGUAGAUCACAUAUAAACUCGUAAUAUAUUUAAAAGAAAAAAACACAAAUACACCGAAGCAACUAUCGUAAUUAGAAAAUUAUCGGACAUGAAAUCGGUUGCGUAAACGUGUUUGAAAAGCUCGCCUUUUUAUUUACCGUGGACUAAGGACAGACAUUUUAUACCAAAAUAUUCGCGCAAUGUAUAAGUACACGUAUGAAGCGUUAGUAGAUGUUAUAAAAUUAAGUAACUUUGUAAUUUUAAUUGGUAACUGAAUAACUAAUCAGUCACAUAUACAGAUUUUUUAUUAUUUCUCAUUUUAGCGUUUCUAAAUUUUUCUUUUUUAAGGGAAAUCCACGUUAAUAGCAGAUUCGUAAGUAUUUAUGAAUAUCUAAUUCUGUUUGAAAAGCCCCGAAACGAUUAAUUAUUAUUACGUAUGAUCAUUAGUGAGAUAAUUCGCGAUCAAGAAUGUUAUUAUAAAAUGCAAAGAGAAGCCUGCAAUAAAACUAAAGGUGGCCAUAGCAAGAACGAGAAAGGACACGGUGACAAUGGCCAUAAAUAUUACUAACAGUUAUGAUGAUGUUGCUGAAGACAAUGAUUGCGAUGAUAAUUAGAAUUAUCCAUUACAAAUGUUAUCAGGCUGAAGGGUGGUGGCGAAAGACUGAGACUUAUGACAGCGACUGUAAUGACAUAAAACUGAUCACGAUAGAGACGAUCACAAUAAUGAUGAUAAGUUAUAAUGGAAUGUUGUUAAUGUUGUUGAUAAUUGAGGAAUCAUUGUUGUUGAUGUUUGUUUCCCUGUGAAGUAACCCCCCUGCAAGCUGUUCAUUCGUUGUAACCCCCCAUGGCUCUGCACGACCUUCCGAAUGGGCGCAAACGUACCAAAUAGUUUCUACCAAAGACAUCGCAAUACAGUACGAUGAUUUUACGAUCAAUAAUGUCUACACGCAAAGAUCAUACUGUACAGUUUCGUCCUUCGGCGUGUAAUACUUUUUCUUUUCCCCCCAAAGUACCACCGAUCAGUUGAAAUAUUUCUAGAUAAUCAGAAAGACUCGCUAAGCCAAAGCAACGUUACGCUACCUCAAUACUGAAAUACGGUGGUACCCUUUUUUCUUUGUACAAAUACUAUCCAUGAUUUUUUAAGAAUAAUCAUCGAUAGUAAAGAGAACAUUUUUCACGUACAAGGUUUGUUUAGUAGGUGUUAGAAAGUAGGUGUAUCGGAAACAACAAAAAGAAAUUAAUUAUUUGGAAUUGCACGUAAACGUUUAGUUCAUUAGCGAUACAGAACAGCUUUCUAUAUGUAUUAUAGAAAACUGCAUUUGAAUUAGAGCAUUUCUACGGUAAUGUUACGUUAAAUGCUCUUUUCACUACUAUAAUGCUAGAUGAUUGUACAGAACUAAUUUGUACAAACGAAUAGAUAUACAAAGCUGAGGCACUUUGUGAAACGGAAUGGCCGUCUCUCCCUUUCGGAAGUGUCUGCAGGAUAUGUAAAUGACUGAACUUAUUUUUAAUGUAUGCUAGUUAAUUAGUGUCUAUGGACAUUCCAAGGAAAGCAAACGAGAGCAAACCUUCCAAAAAACAGCCACAUUCAUAAUCGCAUAUAUGUAAAUCAUGAUUCAAUAUGUAGCAGCUUUACCGCCUUCUAUGUAUUUAAAUAUAUAUAGAUACAUGAAUACAAAAAAAGUUUUGUCCGAAUCCAGCACUCCCCGACUGCUCGGUAUCGAAUGGAGCUUGAGCAAACAAAACUUACGAUAUAAACAAUUAACUAUUGGAUGCGUAAUGUUUUUACCAAGAACAUGAACAUUUGCUUGAAUCUAGAUUUCUAAAUGCCUUCGAUUAACUUAAGUUUAUUGUAAAUGUUCUAAGUUUGCGUACAUAUACAUAAAAUUUAUAUUGAAAAUUUUAUAUAUUCUCCACAGCGAUGCUGGGAGAUUUUUUUCAGUUAAAUAUUUAUAGCUUCUAGCGAUGUAACAGUGUUAAUAGAAAAAAAAAAAGAUACCUAUAUCUAAGUUCGCCUAUUAUCAGUUCACACAUAUCAUAAAAUUAUAGAAAGUAAUUUGUAAGAAACGAAGUUAUAUUAAAUGCAAUUCUUUCUCUUUAGCACACAAUUCUAUUUACCAGAAAAAAAGAAAAUAACAUAUUCGCAUAUGGUAAAAACAGACACGUAAUAAUGUAUGAUACUGUAAUGUAACAAUCUGUAGUAUGUGUUACUUUAAAAUGUAUAUUUUUUGUAUAUUCUCUCUUAUGCUCAAUUCGGCCGAACUGACGGAAGAACAAUUUCGACAUUAUUUUCAAUUUUUUGUAUAACAUAUGUUUGUGAGUAUUACUGCUAGGUAUUGUACAUAUAUGUACGCAUGCGCGCGUGCGUGAAAGUGUAUGUGUAUAUAUCUUUCUCUGUGUAUAUAUGAAUUAUUUAUUAACGAAAUCUGUAAUUUUUAAACGUUUCAUUACAAGCCCAAAUGCAGUUGAAUAUACUACGAUCUUAAUAUAGUUUGAAGAAGAGUUGAAUCGCUAUUAAAUCUCUGACUACUUCUAAAUAAAUUCUGUAAAAAAAUUUUGUCAGAAUCUAUCGAUAUAAUUGAGUUUUCAAGCAUUAGCUUGUUAUAGUAAUCUGGAAAAACUAAAAGUUACAAUCAUGAAUUAAGAACAAUUAUGUAAAACUCAAUGGAUAUAUAACAGAUAAUUGAGGUGAAUUUGUUCGCAAGCAAAGAACAAAGUAGAUUAAAGUGGGCAUACGAUUAAAAAUGUAAGGACUGUACAGUUAUCAUUGGGCCCCAUCUUAAUAGAAAUGGAACAAAAAAACGUUUAAUUUAAAUGGCAUUUUUGUCAACAUCAUCAGCUAUAAAUAAAGCAUAAUAUCUAAUUUAAUUAAAAGAAUUUGAUGUAUCUAGUAGUAAAUGGUUUAAGAAACUUAUUUUGUAUGCAAUAGAUAUAAAUUGUCAGUAUAUAGUUAAACAUAUACUGAUUUUUCUUUAUAUCUGACUAUUUUACCUGGAGUGUCAGGUAAUUGUGCCAGCAUAUAAAAUUACGAUCGUGCUAGUAAGCGGGUAAUUGUCAAAAGUAACUCUAAAUGUGAAGUAGUAUAAAACUAUAUACAUAUAACAGGGUGUUCGGCCAUCCCUGGGAAAAAUUUCAAUGGGAGAUUCCAGACCGCAAAAUAAGACGAAAAUCAAGAAUAUCAAUUUGUUAAC